AUGCCUCCUUUUGUCAUGACCAAGAUAAUCAACCAUCGGCCGAACUCUCGCUCGAUGCACGAAGAAUUCAAAAAUCUGACAGCUAAAACUGAAAUUGAUUCUUUAGGGGCAAAAAAGCUCACAAGCCGUCUGGAUUCUGACAGCGGCGGCGUAGAAAACCCUCGUCUUCCCGACCUCGUACGGCGCGUUCGUCAGCCGGACGACCUCGACCGCCGCGUUCACCGCCGCCACAGCCGCCUCCGCUGCGGCGGCGGUGGCGACCGCGACAGCCACCGCCUGCUUGCGCUGCUCCUCCGCCGCCUCGCGCAGAUUCCGCCGCGGUGGGACGUGCGCCGCCGGAUCGCUACACCGCCGUCUGAAUUCCAACCUUUUGCGUUUCUUGAUCACAUAAAAAUUGGAAGCAAAAAUAAAUAA